AUGCCCGGCCAACCACCCGCCACCAUCAGUGCCGCUCCAACCAGCUUUGUCCUCCCGGACCUCAUCGCGCAUUGCACGUUUCCGCUGACGCGCCACCCCGACGGGGAAGCUAUCGCCGCCGCCUCCGAUCGAUGGCUUGACGACAACUGCCCAGACCUCUCGCCGAAGAAACGCGCAGCGAUCUACACGCUCAAGUCAGGGAUCCUUACCGCCCACUGCUACCCGAAUGCCACGGCGUCGCGCCUCCGCAUCGUCGCAGAUUUCUUGAUCUACCUGUUCCACCUCGACAACAUCUCCGACGCGAUGGCGGAGCGCGGGACCGAGCAGCUCGCGGACGCAGUGAUGAAUGCACACUGGUUCCCCGAGCGUUAUGCGCCGACCCAUUUCCAGGGAAAGGAGCAGCCUGAGGGAGAGUACAGUGCGAGUAGAUUGGCGAGAGACUACUGGUCGCGCUGCAUCAAGGACGCCAAGCCGGGGCCGCAGGCCCGCUUCAAGGAGAAUCUCGAGCUGUUCUUCGAGGCUGUGCAGCAGCAAACGAUGGACCGCGAGGCUGGAGUCGUUCCGGACCUCGAGUCGUACAUCGAUAUCCGGCGCGACACCAGCGGUUGCAAACCGUCAUUCGACCUCAUUGAAUAUGCCAUGGACAUCGACCUGCCCGACUUUGUAGUGGAACAUCCGGUGAUCAAGUCGCUCAAUCAAGCUGCGAACGAUCUCGUUACAUGGAGCAACGAUAUUUUUUCUUACAAUGUUGAACAGUCAAGGGGCGACACCCACAAUAUGAUUCCCAUUCUCAUGGUACAUCAAGGCCUCGUCUUGCAGGAUGCCAUCGACUACGUCGGACAGCUGUGCGCACAAACAAUAGACGGCUUUAUCGAAAACCAGCAGCGGAUUCCUUCGUGGAGUCCCGACAUCGACCGAGAAGUUGCACUCUACGUACAAGGAUUGCAGGACUGGAUUGUCGGCUCUCUGCAUUGGAGUUUCAUGACCGAGCGCGACGAAGUGGUGAAGGUGCAUGAGAAAUUGGUGGAUCUUCUUACUUUCCUUCUCGCUCUGUGA